CAUCGCUGCAAAGACGCCGUCAGGAAGCAGAGAGACCGUUGACAAGCCAUUGGAUUGAUCGGGAGUUAAGCUUCGUCGUGAGGCUCUGUUAUUGCCCUCCCUCCUGGCUUCUCAUUCCUCAACUUUGCAGCCUUCGAGGCAGACAUUCGUUAUUUCCUGUUGUUUCUUUCCCACACUCGUUUUACGGGGAUCACGUUUCCAGGACCCUGUUAGGGCGUGAGGAAGAAGCGAGGCCAAGCAUAAUCGUAAUAGGGGUCGGAAUCUGUUCGCGUCCCACGGAGCACAACACCAGCUUUUUUCACCGAGCAGCUACGCUCAAACGCAGGCACCCGGACCAAAGACCACUUCCCCUCUUGAUCACUUUCUCCCGCGUGCACCAACGAGAGGACGCGCUUGGUUUUUGCCCGUCGCCCAUAUCAGCCUCAUUCCCAAACUUCCACGCUUGACACCGCAUUCUACAGACCGCAACCGACCGCACAACCCUUACCCAUUACGACGCGUUCACCACAAGCCUUGAACCCAACGACUGGCACAGAAAGGGGACGAAGAGGAAUACGGCCCGCGUAGGCCCCUACUUGCCCUUGAGGCAUUCAGCCGCGCCGACUGGCGGCUUCAAGCCCCCAUCAUGACGCUCAACCUCCCUCCAGUUGGCAGUAACGGAGGCGCCCACACCCAGCCGUCGCUGCCGUCGCUGCCCGCCCAUCUUCAGUCAGAUACCCACCUCACUGGCCAUCUCGCAAGCCGCUUCCACGUCAGCCUCCCGACCGCCCGCCUGUCCUCGCAUGCCUUCAUCUCGAUCAACACCUACAGCUCUUCUUCCAAAGGCCCAGAUGGCGGCAAGGCAGGUAGUGCCCAUGGCGAAGCCGAGGACAUGGCCGAUCGGGCGUUCCUGCGUCUUGGCCACCGAUCCGAAAACCAGGCCAUUCUCUUUCUUGGUGAAUCUGGAUCUGGAAAGACAACUAUUCGCUCCCACCUCCUGACGGCGCUCCUGAACAAGUCGUCAACCCCCUUGUCCACCAAGGUUUCACUCGCCGCAUACGUCUUUGACACUUUGACCACGACUAAAACCGCGACGACCCCAACAGCCUCAAAGGCUGGUCUGUUCUACGAGCUGCAGUAUGAUACUGCCUCCUCCACGAGCCCGCUCCUCAUCGGUGGCAAAUUGCUAGACCACCGUCUAGAACGAAGCAGGAUCACGGAUGUUCCGACUGGAGAGCGCAAUUUCCACAUCCUCUACUACAUCCUUGCCGGUACUAGCGAAGCUGAAAAGUCCCAUCUCGGCUUCGAGCAGCCCAGCGGCGCAGUGGCCAGGCGGUGGAGAUAUCUCGGCCACCCAACCCAACUGAAGGUUGGUAUCAACGAUGCCGAGGGGUUCCAGUUGUUCAAGACCGCGCUUCGCAAGCUCGAGUUUCCCCGUAGCGAGAUCGCCGAAAUCUGCCAGGUUCUUGCCAGCAUUCUCCACAUCGGCCAGCUCGAGUUCGAGUCGUCGUCCAACACGACAGUUGCGGGUGAUGAGAGCGGAGGUUUCUCCCACGAGGGCGCCCAGGUAUCGACGGUUGCCAAGAACAAGGAUGUUCUCACAAUUGUUGCAGCCUUCCUGGGCGUCAGCGCCAGUGACCUCCAGACCACCCUGGGGUACAAAACCAAGAUCAUUCACAAAGAGAGGGUUACUGUCAUGCUGGAUCCUGUGGGCGCCCGCAACAACGCCAACGAGCUGGCCCGGACGCUCUACUCGCUGCUCGUUGCCUAUGUCGUCGAAACCAUCAAUCAGAAGAUCUGCGCUCCCGAGGAGUCGAUCGCCAACACAGUCUCCAUAAUCGACUUUCCCGGCUUUUCCCCGCAGAGCUCGACGAACUCUGCUCUGGACCUCCUGCUCAACAAUGCCGCCGCCGAGUCCAUGUACAACAUUACUCUUCAGAACUUCUUCGAUCGCAAGGCAGAUUUGCUCGAAACUGAAGAGGUCAGCGUCCCACCCACCAGCUAUUUCGACAACUCGGACGCCGUCAAAGGCCUGCUUAAGCCCGGAAACGGUCUUCUUAGCAUCCUGGAUGACCAGACCCGGCGCCACCGCACUGAUAUCCAGCUACUCGAGAGUCUGCGCAAGCGCUUCGAGGGCAAGAACCCGGCCAUCGUGGUCAGCUCCUCGACUGCCAAACUCCCUGGAAGCAACUUCUUGUCGGAGAACACCGCUGCGUCCUUCACCGUCAGGCACUUUGCGGGUGAAGUCGAGUACCCUGUCAAGGGUCUGGUUGAGGAGAAUGGUGAGGUUAUCUCAGGCGAUCUUCUCAACCUGAUCAACUCGUCCAAGAGCGAGUUCGUGGCCCGCUUGUUCGGCCAGGAGGCUCUCCAGACAGUUGUCCACCCCCAGGAGAGGACCACGGUCAUGCAGGCCUCCGUCAGCUCCAAGCCGAUGCGUGCGCCCAGCGUCAUGUCCCGCAAGGUUAGGCCUGGGACCUCGAGGACGCUCCGCAACCGCCAGGAGUCGGUCUCCCGUGCGCAGCCCUCUAUGGACGAUAUCGCUAGCGAGGCUGGCGAUUCACGGAAGGCUACUGCAAGCAAGCAAACCGAGCAGGGUGCCACUGGCCAGUUCCUCGCGUCGCUUGAGAAUGUGACCAAGGCAUUCACGGCGCCCAACACCAACGCAUACUUUGUUUUCUGUCUGAAGCCCAAUGAUAGGCGCAUUGCAAACCAGUUUGACUCCAAGUGCGUAAGGACGCAGAUGCAGACUUUCGGUAUAGCCGAGAUCAGCCAGCGACUCCGAUCGGCCGACUUCAGUGUGUUUUUGCCCUUCGGCGAGUUUCUCGGUCUCGCCGACGCCGACACGAUGCUUGUCGGUAGCGAGCGCGAGAAAGUCGAGUCCGUCGUUGACGAAAAGCGCUGGCCCAUCAACGAGAUCCAGAUCGGUUCGACGGGAGUCUUCCUCAGUGAGCGCUGCUGGAUGGAGAUCGCUCAGCUGAGUGAUGCAACAUCAAUGUCUGCCCGCUUUGGCAUGACCGGCGAGUCGACCGAUGGGACACCGCACGGAGAACUGCCUUUCGGGGCAUCCAAAGAACGGUUGCUUGCCAUGGGUGGCUCACCCUUCAACAGUGACAAGGCCAAGUCGGGCUACUUUGGUAGCAACGAUAUCGACGCUCGCUCCGAGGCUGGCGUAUCGGCCUUUGGCGGCGGUGACAUGUUCAAGAAUCUAGACACGCGUGAGCAGAUGGCGGAGCGCGGCAACGAAAAGUCCUUGGUCGAGGUCGAGGAGUACAAGGACAGCCCCAGUCGCAAGCGCUGGGUUUUCGUUACGUACAUGCUUACGUUCUGGGUACCCGAUUUCCUGAUCAGAUGGAUGGGCAAGAUGCCCCGCAAAGACGUGCGCAUGGCGUGGAGGGAGAAGUUGGCCAUCAACAUCAUCAUUUGGUCCAGCUGCUUGGUGGCCAUCUUCUUCGUCAUCUUCUUCCCCAUGCUAGUUUGCCCCACGCAAAACGUCUUCAGCGGCACAGAGCUGUCGGCCAUGGACGGCAAGAAUGGCAAGGGCGCAUACGCUGCCAUCCGCGGCCAGGUCUUCGACAUUGGCACUUUUGCGCCGCGACACUACCCCAGCUAUGUAUCCACCAAGACCAUUCUCGACUAUGCUGGUAUGGACAUCUCCGGUCUGUUCCCCAUCCAGGUCAGCGCCCUAUGCGCAGGCAGGGCCGGCUCCAUCGACCCGGCUGUCCCUCUUGAUUACAAGGACUCGAACCAGACCGAGUCGCCCCUACUCAUCUCCAAGGUCGACCGGAACUCCAAGUACCACGACUUCCGCUUCUCCACCAACGACAGCAGACCGGACUGGUUCGCACAGCAGAUGGUCAUGCUGAAGUCGAGCUACAAGAAGGGCAACAUCGGCUAUUCGGCCCAGUAUGUCAAGACUCUCGCCAACAAGCAACAGAGCAUUGCCAUCCUCAACAAUCGCGUCUACGACAUGACCAAGUACAUCCAGGGUGGAAGAGACUUCCAGGUUCCGGUCGGCAAGGAGAAGCCCACCGACCAGUCUCUGCUCGAUUUCAUGGAUCCAGGUGUCAUACAGCUGUUCCAACAGAGAAACGGUGAAGACAUCAGCCAGCUCUGGACGUCUUUGAACAUGAACCGCGACCUCAGGAGCCGAAUGCAACUGUGCCUCGACAACCUCUUCUACGUGGGCGACCUGGACACGCGCAGCUCCAUCCGCUGCCAGUUUGCCGAGUAUUUCAUCCUGGCCAUCACCGUCAUCCUGUGCUCCAUCAUUGGCUUCAAGUUCCUGGCUGCCCUCCAAUUCAGCACAAAGAACAUGCCAGAGAACCUGGAUAAGUUCAUCAUGUGUCAAAUCCCGGCGUACACCGAGGACGAGGACUCGCUUCGCCGUGCCAUCGACUCGGUCGCUCGCAUGCACUACGAUGACAAGCGGAAGCUUCUCGUUGUUGUUUGUGACGGUAUGAUUAUCGGCCAGGGCAACGACAGGCCCACCCCGCGCAUCGUGCUUGAUAUCCUGGGCGUGUCGGAGACUGUCGACCCUGAGCCUCUCAGCUUCGAGUCCCUCGGAGAGGGUCUGAAGCAACACAACAUGGGCAAGGUCUACUCGGGUCUCUACGAGGUGCAAGGUCACAUUGUGCCAUUCAUGGUCGUCGUCAAGGUUGGCAAGCCGUCCGAGGUCUCGCGUCCUGGCAACCGUGGCAAACGUGACUCCCAGAUGAUCAUCAUGCGCUUCCUGAACCGCGUUCACUACAACCUGGCCAUGAGCCCUCUGGAGCUCGAAAUGUACCACCAGAUCCGCAAUAUCAUCGGAGUCAACCCGACAUUUUACGAGUACACGCUUCAGAUCGACGCCGACACGGUUGUUGCUCCUGACUCGGCUACACGCAUGGUUUCAGCCUUCCUCGAUGACACGCGCCUUAUCGCCGUGUGCGGUGAAACGUCGCUCACCAACGCCAAAGCCUCCUUUAUUACCAUGAUCCAGGUGUACGAAUACUACAUCUCGCACAACCUGUCCAAGGCUUUCGAAUCGCUCUUCGGCUCAGUUACCUGUCUGCCCGGUUGUUUCUCCAUGUACCGCAUCCGCGCCGCCGACUCGGGCAAGCCACUGUUUGUGUCCCGCGAGAUCGUCGAGGAUUACUCUACCAUCCGCGUCGACACGCUGCACAUGAAGAACCUGCUGCACCUCGGUGAGGAUCGCUACCUCACGACCCUCCUGCUCAAGUACCACAACAAGUACAAGACCAAGUACCUGAACCGCGCCCACGCAUGGACCAUCGCACCCGAUGACUGGAAGGUCUUCCUCUCGCAAAGACGUCGCUGGAUCAACUCAACGGUGCACAAUCUGAUGGAGCUUAUGCCCAUGGGCCAGCUCUGUGGUUUCUGCUGUUUUUCGAUGCGCUUUGUUGUCUUCAUCGACCUGCUGUCGACGAUUGUCCAGCCCGUUACCGUUGCCUACAUUGGUUACCUGAUCGCGCGUAUCAUUCUCUUCCCCACACUGGUCCCCAUUGUGGCUUUCGUUCUGCUCGCCGCCGUGUACGGUCUCCAGGCCAUCAUCUUCAUCCUGCGCCGCAAGUGGGAGAUGAUCGGAUGGAUGAUUCUGUACAUCAUCGCCAUGCCCAUCUUCUCGUUUGGUCUGCCGCUGUAUGCCUUCUGGCACAUGGACGACUUCACCUGGGGUAACACCCGUGUCGUGACGGGCGAGAAGGGCAAGAAGGUGGUUGUCACGGACGAGGGCAAGUUCGACCCGUCGUCGAUCCCACGCAAGAAGUGGGAGGAGUACCAGGGCGAGCUGUGGGAUGCCCAGACGGCGCGCGACGACACGCGGUCCGAGGCCUCUGGCUUCUCGUACGCCACCAAGGCACCUGUUGCCGUGUCUGAGUACGGCAUGCCCAUGCACGGCGCCUACGGGGGCAUGGGAGCCAUGUAUGCGCACAGCCGCCCCGGCAGCACUACCGGCUUCGCCUACGAGCCAAAGGGCACGCCACCGGUGCCGCAAAUGCCCCACGCGGGCAGCCGCAUGUCGCUGGCCGCCUCAGAAAUGAUGAUGCCCAACAACCGGCACAGCCAAUUCGGCGGCUCGCAGUUCUUCCCCUCGGGCAACGAGGUUGAGAUGGCCAAUCUGGCCGGGCUCCCGACAGACGAUGCUCUUUUGGCCGAGAUCCGCGAGAUCCUGCGCACCGCCGACCUGAUGACUGUGACCAAGAAGGGCAUCAAGCAGGAGCUCGAGAGACGAUUCGGCGUUCCGCUCGAGGCAAAGAGGGCGUACAUCAACAGUGCCACCGAGGCUCUCCUGUCUGGACAACUGUAGAAAAGUAUCCGACGUCCCGGGCAGUGCACGUUGAACUCGUUGUCUCGGUGUGAUUACUCUUUUUUCUCCGUCUUGCUAUUUCUCGGGAAGGGCAUACUCGCUGCCAUCAUUACUCGUGUUUAUACUGUGUUUUGUUGUUUAGAUUGGUUUCCUGCGAAGUCCAUGUCCCUUGUCGCUCCCAGCAUGCAUUUCCAAAAUACCGUGAUAUAUAAUACAGCUUUGUGCAGCAUGGCAUUUUCUUUGGUCUGUCUGUCUAGCGCGAGAGGGUGUAAUGAAAAAAGAAAAGAUGUGUCUUGAAUCACCAAAUGCAUCCACUUGGGUUGGCCCUAGAUUUGAAUAUCUUGCUCGCGGGCCAUCACGUUGCUCUGCAGUGCAUGUUCUGCC